ACUAACGAUGUAAUCGCUGCGAAUGUGUUGAUUGUGACACUGUGGACAUUACCUAUAUCCGCACUAAGUAUAGUAAACAUUGGCAAGCUGCCUUCCAUUAAUGCUCCUUGUACAAUCUAUGCGUUCAUCAAGCACCUCCCCUCUCUACCGGAGGUGGUACUGAGUCGACCUCCUGCCCUCCCCAACAAGACCAGGAGAGCUCCUGAAUACACACUAGCACUGGACCUGGAUGAGACGUUAGUUCACUGCAGUCUCACACAUUUGGACAACCCUGACUUCACAUUCAACAUUGACUUCAGUGGCACCAACUACACUGUCUCUGUUAGACUGAGGCCGUUCUUUAGAGAGUUCCUUGAGAGAGUAUCACAAAAGUUUGAGGUCAUCCUCUUCACAGCCUCCACUAAAGAGUACGCAGAUAAGCUGAUGAAUCUACUGGACCCUCAUCGCAAGCUGGUACAACACCGAUUGUUUCGUGAGCACUGUGUUUGUGUAGGGGGCCUGUUUAUCAAAGAGCUCGGUAUUCUCGGACGUGAUCUCUAAAAGACCAUUAUAGUGGACAAUUCACCGCAAGCCUUUGGCUAUCAGAUGUCUAAUGGUGUCCCUAUCUCUAGUUGGUUUGUGGAGGACACUGACUCUGAGCUCAUGCAAAUGGUGCCCUUCCUGGAGUCACUCCUAGACAAGGAUGAUGUUCGGCCUUAUAUUCGAGACAAGUAUCGCGUUCACGAACUGUUACCACAAGACUCUCAAACUUGCCAAACUAACGAUAGCUCUGAGCUACCAAGAGAACAUUAACAACCUCCCCCUUCCCUACACUGCCCCUGUUAUUAGCCAAUCUAAUUGCUCUUUAUUACCCACCCACCCUAUAAUUAUAUGGUAUAUGUGUUAUUCUUAUGUAUGUGUUGCACUGAGUAUGUUUUGUACAACCCAAUCCAUUCAAGCUCUUCUCUUUCUAUUGCACUGGAGUUAUUUUGGUUUUGUUUUCCUACUUCUCUCACUAAAUAUUUUAUGUUACCCUCUUUACUUUGUUGAUGUGUAUCACAGGUAUAGUGCAUCAUUGAACAAUGGAAAUGAUUAUUAUUAUAAAAAGUAAAGUGUUUGAAGCACA